AUGCAGGCUACUGUCGUCACGAGAAGUGACUCUUCAUCUAACGGCAUCCCGAUCAAAACCGAUGAGGGAAUCCUGACGAGAGAGGAGGCAGAAGGCCUUGUGAAUCCGGCUGCUGAGAAGAAACUGAUCAGGAAACUGGAUGCUCACGUCAUCCUACCCGUCGGCAUGGUGUUUUUCUGGGCGUUUGUGGACAGAGUCAAUCUGGGUUAUGCUAGGCUUCAAGGGAUUGAGAAGGACUUGCAUAUGGUUGGCAACGAUUUCAAUGUGGCUUUGCUCGUGCAAAUCGCGCCGUACAUAUUCUUCGAAAUUCCAAGCAAUCUUACCCUUAAGCGUGUUCGUCCGUCGCUUUGGCUUGGUGACUUAAGCCUAUGCUGGGGCUUCAUAACCCUAGGCCAAGGAGCCGUGUAUUUGACGUCCAUGUACUAUACGCGUUAUGAGUUGCAGAAGCGCAUGGUUGGAUUGUACAUGGCGAAUUGUAUCGCCAUCGCAACCAGCGGCCUCAUCGCUUACGGAAUGACCCACCUGGAAGGACACGGGGGCUAUCACUCCUGGCGUUGGAUCUACAUCAUUGAAGGGACAAUUACGAUUGGGUUGUCCGUCUUCCUCUUCUUUAUCAUCGCCGACUGGCCUGGCCAAGCGAAAUGGUUAUCCGCCGACGAGAAAAUACUUCUUCGGGCAAGGCAGAUUGUCCAAGAUGGCGGCCUGGCUCGUAUGGAUCGCCUCGACCGGAAAGCGCUCUUCCGCAUCCUGAGCGAUUGGAAAAUCUAUAGCGCAAUUAUCAUCUACUUUGGCGUCUCCGCCUCAGUGAAUGCGACUGCCUUUGUGCCCAGUAUCAUUGCCCGUCUCGGUUACACCAACGCUGCAGCACUGGCGUAUACCAUUCCGAUAUACGUUGUAGCAGGCGUCCUGGCAUUCAUUGCAGCCGUGAUAUCAGAUCGCAUACGUAAUCGGCUUGCACCGUGCCUUUUUUCGGUAGUGCUCUGUGUUUGCGGAUAUGCCGUUCUCCUUAAUCAGGACAAGGUCUCACUCCAUGCACAGUACGGCGCGCUUUUUCUCUUCAACGGGGGUUGCUUUAUGGUCCUUCCCACUCUGUGGACAUGGUUAAGUAACAACAUGGCCGGCCACUAUAAGCGUUCCUGGUCGAGUGCCGCCCAAAUCGGAUUAGGCAAUGCAGGUGCGAUCGUGCCGACCAUGACAUACGUCGCCAAAGAAGCUCCAGCCUAUACGAGAGCGUAUUCAGUCUCACUGGCCUUGAUCGUCGCGGCGGGAUUGGUCAUGGUCCUCACCGAAAUAGGCUUGUGGUGGGAAAACAAAAUCCGUGACCAAGGGAAGAGAGACUAUCGUCUCAAUCUUCCACAGGAGGAGGUCGAGAAUCUAGGAGAUGAUCACCCCAGCUUCCGAUUUACAUACUAG